AUGGUUUCCAAGACCCUUUCCAUGCUGGCCCUCGCGGGUGCAGCUGUUGCAGAGCUCCCUCCCAUCCACAUCAAGGGCAUGAAGUUCUUCUACGAGAACGGUACCCAGUUCUACAUGAAGGGUAUUGCUUACCAGGCAGAGAUCGCCACUGCCGGCAGCAGCACCAACACUGGCAACAACACUGACUACAAGGACCCUCUGUCCAGCGAGAGCGACUGCAAGCGUGAUGUUCCCCUGCUGCAAGAGCUCGGUGUCAACACCAUUCGAACUUACGCCAUCGACCCCAAGGUCGACCACGACAAGUGCAUGAAGCUCCUCGAUGACGCCGGAAUCUACGUCAUUUCUGAUCUUUCUCAGCCUGCCCUCGCCAUCAACCGUGACGAGCCUGAGUGGAACACCGAGCUCUUUACUCGUUACAAGGAUGUCAUCGACGCCCUUGCCAAGUACAAGAACACCAUCGGUUUCUUUGCUGGUAACGAAGUCUCUGACGCCAAGAACAACACCGAGGCUUCCGCCUACGUCAAGGCCGCCAUCCGUGAUACCAAGAAGUACAUUGUUGACAAGAAAUACCGCCCCAUGGGUGUUGGGUAUGCCUCCAACGACCACCCCGAUAUCCGCAAUGAAAUCGCCGAGUACUUCAACUGUGGUGAGGAUGCCGAGGCUACCGAUUUCUGGGGUUACAACAUUUACUCUUGGUGCGGUAAGAGCAGCAUGAAGGAGUCUGGCUACGACAAGUGGGUUGAGUUCUUCAAGAGCUACAACGUUCCUGUCUUCUUUGCCGAGUACGGUUGCAACGCUGGUGGUGCUAAGACCCGUAUUUACACCGAUACCGAGGCUCUCUUCUCUAACGAGAUGACCGGUGUCUUCUCUGGUGGUCUCGUUUUCAAGUACCAGCAGGAGGAGAACGACUACGGUGUUGUCGAGAUCAAGAACGGCAAGGCUGAGAAGCAGGGUGAUUUCGAUGCCCUCAAGAAGGCUCACGCCAAGGUCAACCCCACCCGUGUCCAGGAGAAGGACUACAACCCCAACACCGGCCGUGAUCAGUGCCCUGCCGUUGGUGAUGUCUGGAAGUCCAACAAGAAUCUCCCUCCUACCCCUGACCAGACUCUUUGCGACUGUGCCGAAGCUGCCUCUGAGUGUGGCCCUGCUGAUGACCUCGACAUCAAGGACUACGGCAGCCUCUUCGGUUACAUCUGCGGUGAGAAGCCCGAGCUUUGCGCUGGUAUCAACGGCAACGCCACCACCGGUGUCUACGGUGCUUACAGCAUGUGCGAUGCCAAGGCCAAGCUGACCUACCUGCUCGGUGCUUACUACAAGGACCAGAAGAGCUCUUCUUCCGCUUGCGACCACAAGGGCAAGGCUUCCGUCAAGAAGGCCAGCGCUGAGUCUUCUUGCAACGCUGCCAUUUCCUCCGCCAGUGCCCACAACAACAAGGUUGCCACCGCUACUGCUGCUCUGGCCAACCCCACCAGCACCUCCACCACUGGUGACAGCGGCAGUGCCGGAUCCAGCACUUCCAUCUCCCGUGUCUCCAUCUUCGGCAACCUCGCCGUUGCCCUGUACAGCGUCGUCGCCCUCGGCGCUGGCGCUGCCAUGAUUGCUCUGUAA